UGUGUCUCGGCGCCGAUGUGACGUCAUCACGGCGCGACUACAGCUCGGAGAAUCCUCGUGUGUUGUUUUUACCGUCAUAAAUCCGUACCGAAUAAACCAUGAGCUCUCAAAUAACGUGCGUCGGAUGGGUGAAGCGCGGGGUCGCUAAAGAAACGCCGGAUAAAGUUGAGUUGAGCAAAGAAGAGCUGCAGCGCAUCAUAUCGGAGGCUAAACAGCAGUUAGCGGAUGCUGGUGAUGAGGAGGAGGAGGUGGAGGAUAAAGGUGUUGUCAGUGAAGAGGCAUCAGCUCCUGCUGCUAGUGAAGAUAUAAAAGAGGAGAGAGAUGAUGAGGAAGAGGAUGAUGAGCUUGCAGAGUACGGACUGGACAAAUAUGAUGAAGAAGACAUAGCCACAUCAAAUCUUGGAGACAGUCUGGCAGGGCUGACGGUGUUUGGCACCAAUGAAGAGGAUCCGUACGUCACCAUCAAAGACACCGAUCAGUACGAGCGGGAGGAUUUUCAGAUUAAACCCACCGAUAACCUGAUUCUAGCCGGACGGGCCGAGAAAGACUGCUGUAACCUGGAGGUUUACGUGUAUAACUCGGAGGAAGACUCUCUGUAUGUGCAUCAUGACAUCCUGCUGCCCGCGUAUCCGCUGUGUGUGCAGUGGCUGAACUUUGACCCUAAUCCAGAGGAAGGGCGAGGGAAUUACGCAGCUGUAGGGAACAUGACGCCUGUGAUAGACGUCUGGGAUCUGGAUGUAGUGGAUUGUUUGGAGCCGGUCUUCUCGCUCGGCAGCAAGAAGAAGAAGAAAGCAAAGAAGGCGGCUGAACCCGUCGACGGACACACGGAGGCUGUGCUGGAUCUGUCCUGGAACAGUCUGGUCAGGAAUGUUCUAGCGAGCGCGUCCGCGGAUGAGACGGUGAUCCUGUGGGAUAUGGAGAAGGGAAAACCAGCGGCGACCCUCACAAAACACACCGAUAAAGUUCAGACGCUGAAAUUCCACCCGUUUGAGGCUCAAACUCUUCUCAGUGGAUCUUACGACAAGUCUGCGACCCUGUACGACUGCCGCAGUCCUGAUGACAGCCAUCGGAUCUGGCGCUUCAGUGGACAGGUGGAGCGCGUUGUUUGGGACCAUUUCUCUCCGUGCAACUUCCUGGCGAGUACAGAGGACGGCUUCGUUUAUUGUCUGGACGCUCGUUCUGAUAAAGCCGUGUUCACACUCAGAGCUCACGAUGGAGAAGUUUCAGGGAUGGAUCUGAGCAGUCAGAUCCGCGGCUGUCUGGUCACGUCUUCAGCAGACAAACACGUGAAGAUCUGGGACGUCCUGGGAAACAAACCCGCCCUGAUCCACUCCAGAGACAUGAAGAUGGGCGUUUUGUUCUGCGGCUCCUGUUGUCCGGAUCUGCCGUUCGUCUAUGCGUUCGGAGGACAGAAGGACGGGCUGCGCGUCUGGGACAUCAGCGACGUCGCUGCAGUCGCGGAAGCUUUCAGAAGUCGGGAACGUUUGGUGGCAAAUACAGUAUCCGGAGCGUCCGGCAGUGAGAUGGACGUCUCAUAACCACCCACUUUAUGUGAGACCGAAUCAUCGACGGGACGCACAGAAGACUGAAAAUCAUAUCAACCAGCGAUUCAUAAUGAAUGAAAUAAGCAUCUGUCAAAAUACAGAACAGAUUUAUCUUCUCAAAAGAUAUCUUCUGAUAUAUAUGUGCUGCCUUUGACAAAUGUUUGAAGCCAGUUUCCUUUGAAGGAAUCUUGACGAUUGAAUUUUCUCUCCAUAUUUCCUCUUUUUAGGAAGUGUGUAAAGAAUUAUGAUAAAUAAUUUAAAGUAUAAACUACAGAAUCCAAGGCAGUUGUUUUACUCUGUAUUUAUGAAUGAUGUCUGUCAUCAUUUUACGAUUCCAAACUGAUCCAUUCUGAAAAACAAAUGCUUUAUCAUAAGUUAAUUAUUGAAUACAUCGAUCUGUAUUGGCGGUGUGCCCUCCAGUGGCGUAUUGCGGUACUGCGGGUGUUAAUUUUUCGCCAUUUUAAAAUAUUAUCUUUCAUCAGUGUUAGUGAAAACUAAUUGGUUUAAUGAUUUCAUUAUUUUAUCCUAAUUCAUAAAUUUGGUUUUAUCCAUUUUUUUUCCCUAAUGAAUAAAACGAUCUGUAAUGGCGGUGUUUCGCUGCCCUCCAGUGGCGUAUUGCGGUACUGCGGGUAUUUAUACGGUUUUUUUUAUUUUCGCCAUUUUUAAAUAUUAUCGUUCAUAAAUAUUAGUGAAAACUAAUUGGUUUAAUGGUUUUAUUUUAUCCUAAUUCAUAGAUUUUAUUUUAUCCAUUUAUUUUAUCUUAAUGAAUAAACCGAUCCCUAUCGCGGUGGUUCGCUGCCCUCCAGUGGCGUAUUGCGGAACUGCGGGUGUUUGUAAUUUUUUUACAUUUAUUUAUUAUUAUUUUUUGCCAUUUUAAAAUAUUAUCUUUCAUGAAUCUAAGUGAAUACGAAUUGGCUUGAUGAUUUUAUUUUAUCCUAAUUCUCUGUGAUUAUCCAUUUAAUAUAGUUAUGUUGGGAACGGAUAUCUAGGCCGCCAGAGGGCGCUCCACGCAUAACAAAGUUAAUAAAUGAAAAACCCAGAUUAAUAACAAUUAAUACCACAUAUCUUAACGAAAGAAAACUAUUUAAAUUGUAUUUACCUUACAGUGCAGUUUUAAAGAUAAAGAUAUAUAUAUAUAUAUAUAUAUAUAUAUAUAUAUAUAUAUAUAUAUAUAUAUUAAGAACGGUGGUUUGUAACGCUGCCUCCAAGUGGGCUGCGAGGUACAGCAAGAUAGUUUAUAUUAUUUGGAUACAAUUGUUAAAUAGUAUUUUCACAACACAUCUGAAUAAAAUAAAUUUGUUUUGCAUUUCGGAGUUUUUUUAACCUGUGUUUCUCUGUCUCCUAUGGGUUACGGAGAGUGACCACACUUUAAAUAUCAUUAUUAUUGUUAUAUUUAUUUUGCCAGUCUUUACUAUGCCUAUGUUGUUGUUUUUAAUCGAUCAAAUAAAGCAAUUUUGUUAAAUAUU